AUGUUAAUAGCUCAAUUAAUAUUAUCAUUUACUAUCUUAUCAUCCAUAAAAGCAUAUUAUGUCCCAGCAAAUGGAGAUGAUUGGACACAAUUCAAACCAAAAGCAAAUUAUUUACCAGGAUGUUUUACAAGUUUACCUUUUAAAUUUGGAAUUGUAGUAAAUCCAUAUAUUUUAAAUAAUGAAGGAGAAUUAUUAGAACCUGAAAUUACAUCAAUUACAAGAAGUUUAACAACAAGUUUUGUUACAAGUUAUGUUACUGCUGCUCCAAAACCAACUAAAACUAAAGAUAUUAUUUUACAACUUCAAGAUGGUCAAGUUCAAAAAGUUAAUGAAGAAUUAUGUGAUGAUAAAGAAUUAAAAGAUUUGAAAGGUAAUGAUUCUAAUCGUUAUAAAGGUAAGAAUAAAGGUGGUGAUUCAAAUGGUUAUUAUUCUGAUGAUUCUGGUAGAGGUUUUGAUGAUUAUGAUAGACAAGAUCAAUUCAAAGGUGAUAAAAAUUACAAGAGUGAACCACAUUAUGAUGAUAGAGACAAUGAUCAACUUUAUGAUGAUAGACAUAAUGGUAAACAAUAUCCGAAUGAUGACAGACAAAAAAAAGGUACUGGUAAACACAGAAAAGGUGAUGAUAGACAAAGUAAUAAUGAUUACCGUGAUGGACAUUACGUCAAGAGAAAUGUACAUGAUCUUGGAGGAGAAUAUAAAGAUAAACCAUAUGAUGAAUCAUCAAAACAUUAUCAUGAUAAACAUUCACAAAAUCAUAAUGUUGAUGAUUAUGCAUUUGAAGAUACUAAAGAUUUACAUGAUGAAUAUAAUGAUUAUUACCCGGAAGAAGAUCGAAAAAAAUCUCAUAAAAAGCGUCCUUCAAAUCAUCGUGGUAAAUAUGAUUAUUAUGAAGAUGAUGAAUUUCAAUCUCCAGUUUAUUCAGUAGCUUGUUAUACUAGUGCAACAUUAAGAAUGUCAUUACAUGAUUCAAUAUUAAGAGAUUCAGAUGAUAGAAUUGGAUGUAUUGUUUCAGGUCAUCAAUUUCAAUUUGAUGGUCCAACUCCACAACAUGGUGCUGUCUAUGCUGCUGGUUGGUCAGUUACAAAAGAUGGUCAAUUAGCUUUAGGUGAUUGUACUAAAUUUUGGCAAUGUGCUUCUGGUCAUUUUUAUAACUUAUAUGAUCAAUCAAUUGGUUUCCAAUGUCAUCCUGUUACUUUGGACGUUGUGGAAUUAAUUGAAUGUUGA